AUGGGUUCCUACCCACCAGCCGGCUUCGACGUGAAGAAGGUCGCCAUCAUUGGAGCCGGGCCAGCCGGCCUCGCCGCGGCCAAAUACCUCACGGCGCAGGCCGCAUUUGAAGAGAUUGUCAUCUUCGAGCAGCAGGAUCAGGUCGGCGGGAUAUGGAACUACACCGGCCUCGCCCCGGGAUCCUGCCGGGCGCCGCAGGAGGAUCCCUUCUGCCCCCCGGACGAGCCCAUCCGUCUCGGCGCAAAGGCAACGCCCAUCUUCACCUCGCCAAUGUAUGAUAACCUCCACGCUAACAUCCCCGGCGGGCUGAUGAACUUUUCUUCUCAAAAGUUCCCCGAUAAUGCGACGUUGUUCCCCGAGCGCGUCAUGAUUCAGGAGUAUCUUGUCCAGUACGCUGAAGAUGUUCGGGGUCUGGUGCAAUUCAGCCAAAAGGUCAAGCGGGUCACUCUAACUCCAAGAGAUGGCCACGACAAGUGGGAGGUCGAAACCGAGUUUACUCUAAACGGCCAUAUCACCAAGGACACGUAUGACGCCGUCGUCGUCGCAAAUGGCCACUACUCGACUCCCUUUAUCCCCGCCAUGAAGAACAUGCGGGAGUUCAACGAGACCUACCCCGGUGUCAUCACCCACUCAAAGCAGUACCGCACGCCGCAUCCCUUCCAGGAUCAGAAGGUGGUCGUAGUUGGCAAUGGUCCAUCUGGGCUGGAUAUUGCUCUCCAGAUCAACCAGGAGUGCAUGAAGCCCGUGCUCAUGUCUGUUCGGCAUCCCACCUCUCUAGAGAGGCUGGCACAUGCGGGGUGUGAGGAAGUGGUCGAGAUUGACGAGUUCCUCGUAGAGGAGAAGGGUGUCCGGUUCAAGGAUGGCCGGGUUGAGACAGACGUUGACGCCAUCGUCUUCUGCACGGGAUUUUUAUACGGCUAUCCAUUCCUCUCCGACGCGGAGCACAAACUCCUCACGACGGGGCGAGGCGUCAACGGGCUGUACGAGCACAUUUUCCUUAUCCAACACCCAACUCUCGUCUUCCCCAGCCUCAACAUGAAGGCCGCCCCGUGGCCGCUUUCUGAGAGCCAAGCGGCUGUCUUCUCGGCCGUUUGGUCCAACAACCUCCAGCUGCCACCCAGGGAGGAGAUGGAGGCGUGGAGUCAGGAACUGGUGCGACGGGAAGGCGAUGCGUUGCACGUCUUCAAACCCCUGGGCGACGGAUACUACAUCAACGCUCUCCACGACUGGGUCAUGAGGGCAAAGGAGCUUGGAAAGGAGCCCCCACGGUGGAAUGACGAGCUUAUGUGGCAGCGGAGUAUCUUCCUCGAGGCCAAGACGCGGUUUGAGCAGUUGGGAUGCACAGCUCAGACUCUGGAGGAGCUUGGUUUCCACUAUGAACCGGAGAACUGGGGGCGUGAUAUAAAAGGAUAG